AUGCUCGCAUGCAUAUCGAUGGUGCGAUCGACGCAGCAUCUUUCAGUGUACAUACGGCGGCAGGAGGCCCCAGUUCCAGCACGCGGGGGCGGUGCGGGCCCUGCGCCUCCCCCUUCGAGCUCCGGCACUGCCCGCGCUCGGGGGGUCGGGGGCGGCAGCGCACAGCGGCCCGUGGAGCGAUGCACGCCGCGGCGCGCCGCCCUGAGCGGCCUGUACACAGCCUCGGUGUACAUACCUGGCCCUGCGAAGAUCCAGCGGCUCCUAGUACUUCUGGUCGACCCUGAAGGUCGGCCCGAGUAA